GGCGAGACGGAAGUCCAGCGGCGGCCCGGGCCCGGCUUCCGGGCGGUACGGGGUGCUCUCGGCGCGGCGGCCUCCGGGGCUUCCGGCCCUGGCAGGCCCGGCGGCCUCGCGCAAAGAGGCGGGCGGGUCCUCACCAGGUGUUGACGUUGAGUAGGCCUCAUUAGCAUACGAAGAUGGCUGCUUGCGAAGACGCCGUCCCUUCCUUAGCCGAAUGUCAGUGCGGGAUCUGCAUGGAAAUCCUGCUGGAGCCGGUGACCCUGCCUUGCAACCACACGCUCUGUAACCCGUGCUUCCAGUCGACUGUUGAAAAGGCCAACCUGUGCUGUCCCUUCUGUCGCCGCCGGGUCUCUUCGUGGACUCGGUACCAUACCCGAAAAAAUUCUCUUGUCAAUACAAAACUGUGGGAGAUGAUUCAAAAACACUAUGCAAAGGAAUGUAAGCUUAGGAUCUCUGGACAAGAAUCAAAGGAAAUCGUUGAUGACUACCAGCCAGUUCGUCUGUUAAGUAAACCUGGGGAGUUGAGAAGAGAAUAUGAAGAGGAGAUAAGCAAGGUGGAGGCUGAACGACAAGCCAGCAAAGAAGAAGAAAACAAAGCCAGUGAGGAAUACAUACAGAGAUUGUUGGCAGAAGAGGAGGAGGAGGAGAAAAGGCAGACAGAAAAGAGGAGAAGCGAGAUGGAAGAGCAGCUGAAAGGCGAUGAGGAGCUGGCACGGAGGCUCAGCAUCAGUAUUAACAAUAACUACGAGAAAAAUACCUUGGCUUCUCCUUCGAGUUCCAGAAAGUCAGAUGCAGUCACAAACAAGUCACAAAAGAAAAAUACAAACAAACAAAAAAACUUUGGAGAUAUUCAAAAGUAUUUGUCACCUAAAUUGAAGUCUCGGUCAUGGCCAUGUGAAGCUGUACCUGGAGAGGAUAAAAGCGGCAUAUCUAAGGAAACUGACAGUAGUGACCCAAAGAGCCCUGUGUGGCAAGACACAGAAAUUGAAGAAGAUAUGCCAACACUUUCUCCGCAGAUAUGCCUAGAAACUCAAGAACAAGGUUCAGAGUCUUUGAGAGAAUCACCUGUGCCAUGGUUAUUUGCCAGGGAUGCCGAACAGUGCCUUGAAGGAACAGUUGAAACACUGUCAACCAAUCCUGAUGAUUUAAGUGUUGCAAAUCAUGAGGGACCUAAAGCCAAAGUUUCCUACUCUAACGAAGCUACAGUUAAUCCUUCUGGUAAAAUAGAAAAUGAAGAGUGCAUUGGUGGUAACAGAGUUCCAGAAAGUAGAGUGUAUCAUCUAGUACUUGGAAAAGAGAUUUCUGAGAGAGAAAACCAAGAAUCUGUGUUGGAAGCAGUCAUGGAUCCAUGCUUUUCUGCAAAAAGGAGGAAAGUUUUCCUCAAAUCCUCAGAUCAAGAAGAAUCAGAAGGGAAUUUUACACAAAAACUGAUAGAUUUGGAACGUAUGCUUUUUGAGAGACAUAAGCAAGAAGAACAGGACCGGUUGUUAGCAUUGCAACUUCAGAAGGAGGUGGAUAAAGAGCAAAUGAUGCUAAACCGACAGAAAGGGUCCCCAGAUCAGUACCAGUUGCGCACAUCUUCGCCCCCAGACAGGCUGCUGAAUAAACAGAGGAAGAAUUCCAGAGAUAGGAACUCCGGAAAGCAGACUAAUUCAGAGCGUUCGAAAUCUCAGAGGAGCACAAAAGAUGAAUAUUGGCAACCCUUUAAAAGCACUUGGAAGGAUUCAGUUAAUGGAAGAAAGAUGCCAGGUCCAGCUAAAGAUGAUUGUAGUAAUGCAUCCAAGAGCAUUUAUUCCCAGCAGCCUAGUAAUUCACAGAAAAGUAUUAUUCAGAUGUUUCAGAGAUAAACCAAGCAAAGCAUGAGUAAAGAGAGUGUUCUGUAAUUAGUAAAGCUGUAUUGUAAAGCUAGCUCUUUUCAGUCAUAAAAUCUUAAGAUGUGCCAUUAUUUCCGCUCAGCAAGCACACUUACUCUCCUUUUUUUAAGGUAUGGUUACACAGGAAGAAUCUACAAAUAUGUUUCUGCAAAAGUCAGUGAUAAGGAAAGGUCCUUAAUUGUUUCCGUUGUCAACUGCUAUGUUCUAAUUGUGACCAUCUUUACAGUUAUAGCUAUAAAAAUGCCUUGGUCAGGACAUCUUCAGGUACCAUUCCCUUUCCAAAACUCCCAAGUUUUAUGGCCUUUCUUUUGUUUUGAAUGGGUAAGGAAUCCACAUGGGUGGCUUCCAUAACACUAAGUAGUUCAUUCCCAGACCUGCUUUAAUCUAAGCAUCCCAGCCUUUCCUUUGAUUUAAGAUGGGUUAGGAUCUACAUCAACUAGUUGACUAAAGGCUGCUAGGUUGAUAGCACAAAAGGGUUUAAGAGUGGGAUAGGGCUGAGUGGUGGGCUGGCAGUUAGAGGUCACUGGAACUGUAUCAGAAACUGGGUCCAAAGUGGGCACUGAAUUUCUUGUGGCAGAACAUUCUCUUUCAUCCCUUCUUUGUUAAGUGACAAUAUUUUAGGUUUACAGCUUUUCACACUGUGGUAUCUUUGUAAAUAUUGUGAUAUUUUUACUGAUCUCUUCUAGAAAAAGGACUUUACUGCAGGACCGUGCAUUCCCGUCCUUAUUGCUUACUGGCUCAGACUUUUAUUUGUUUUUUUGCACAGAGAUAGGAAGUGGUGUGUGGUGUUUGCCCAUGCUUGCCCUGAAAGGUAAAUCCAAAGGAUACUGACUUUAUCUUGUGAAAUUGAACUUGUACUACUAUCUUUCCUUUCAUUAAGACAAACAACUUUUAGCAAAUCAUAGAUCCAAUAGUAUUUCUUCUGGUGUCCUGGCAUCCAUUUAUUGUUAAUAUAAUGAACUGUCCUAGUGCAAUGUUUGGCCUGAGCUUUUUCUUCCAUUUUUGAGAUUGUUUUUAUGUUUAUCUUGAUAUAAUUUUUUUCUAAGAGCAAUUUACCUUAAUGCUUUAAGUGUUGAACUCGAAAUUAAAAGUUAUCACAGUGAAUCUUUCUGGGAUAGUUCAUGACCAAAGGGAAGAAGAAAAACAGGCCAUGAAGUGGUAUGUUAGAGUUUAUAUACUUGACUUCUCUACCUGCUUGUCCAUGGGGACCUCAUCUUGACUGGAGUUGGUUUUGAAAUUUGUAGUUUCUCUUUUAGCCUUUCUGUUAUUCCUACUGUUUAUACCUGUGUGUUAAAGAGUGUUACAUUUUCUUAUUGGUCAUUAGUGAACUGUUUUUUUCCUCAUUUUUAUGGGAAACAUUUAAUUUUCUCAAAAUAUUAAAGCUGUGCAGAUGUUUAAAAUAAAAUUAAAAAGAGGCCGGGCAUGGUGGUACAUGCCUAACUAAUUCCAGUACUUGGGAGGCAGAGGCAGGGGCAUCUCUGUGAGUUCUAAAACAUAUAUAAUUAAUUAAUUAAAAGAAUGAUUAGUAAAUAAUUGGCUCUCAUGUUUAUUUUACUACACUUUAGUAGAAAAAAAAAAAAAGGUUACAACCAGGCAUGGUGAUACAUGCCAAUCCUAUCGAGGCUAAGGAGGAUUUUGAUAUAGUGGCCAAGCUGGGCUGCAUAUUAAGACCCUGUUUGUGGUACUAGAGAGGAAACCCACAGCCUCACUCAUGCUAAGUAAGCAUUCUCUCACUGAGCUACAUUCCCAGCCCAAGUGAAGCUCUAUCUCAAAAGCCAAAACAAAACUUGGCUACAUAAAAAUUAGACGUUAUGCAUUAUAACAAAACUCCAAUAAAACUUAAGAACAAAGUUGCUGGGCAUAGUGGCACACGCUUUUAAUCUGAGCACGUGGGAGACAGAGGCAGUCAGAUCUCUUUGAGUUUGAGGCCAGCCUGGUCUACAUAGUUACAGGACAGCAAGAGCUACAUACAAAAAAAAAAAAUUAUUUUGCAUUCAUUUAUUGUGAAGGCUGGCAGCAGUGUGCUGCAGCAUGCUUGUGGAGGUCAGAGGGCAACUUGGAAGAGUUGGUUCUUAGUAUGAAGUUUCUGGAAACUUGUAGUAGGACAGGCCCAUAGGGUCGAGGAAAUUGGCUCAGACCAAUUGCCAAAGCAUGCAUAUAAUGUACUCCAUAUGAGCCAACCUGGAGUCUGCCUGAGGGCCUAGCAACAGGAGCUGUCAGGAUUCCUGGUCAUGCUGAGUUUGCCUGAGGGCCUAGCAACAGUCACUGUUGGUUCCUGAUCAGUGUCAGAGUUCCUGAUUGUGCCCAGUCAAUGUGGGAUGACCACAUAGACUGGGUGCUGGGAGGACAGUAUAUAAGGCCUUCCCUGUUAUUGAAUAAAUGAGUUUGUUAUUCCCUUCAGUGGA